AUGCUAAGACCAGAGCAAAGACAUGGGAUGUUGUUAUUUGAUGAAAUAUUUGUUCGCGAGAGUGUAAAUUUUGAUUCGCAAAAUUCAACGUAUAAGGGUUUAGAAGAUUUUGGUGGUGAGGCACCAACAUCAGGGUUAAAAGCUAACCAUGGGUUAGUAUUUCUUUUUCAGAGUUUUUCUGCCAACUUCACACAACCAAUAGCUAUAUUUGCUUCAAGAGACCCUGUUAAAGGUACAGUUUUGGCUCAAUUAGUCAUCAAAGCAAUUUGUCUACUUGAGAAUGCUGGUGCUAAGGUUGAUGGAUUAGUGUCAGACGGAGCAACUAGUAACAGAAAAUUAUGGUCUGAACUGGGAGUAAGUGGUGAAAAAGAUAAUUUAAAAAACAAAUUUGACCAUCCUCUGGACAGUGACAGACAUAUUUAUGUGUUCUCUGAUGCACCCCAUCUUAUCAAGAAUGUACGGAAUAGAUUGAUUAACAAAAAGAGUUUAAGAGUAAAUAUUUUAUAA